CAGUUGCCCAGGUCGUUCUGGUCAGUUUUGGAAUUAGGCCAUGAGGGGUGCAGGGGCCCCCUAGGAUUCCCUCGACGAGCUGUCGCGUCGUCGACCAAAGCCGAACAUUCGAAACCGAAGCCAAUCGCCACCAUGUCUUAUUUUCAGAACCAGAUUAGUUCCUUCAGCAACAGCGUCAUUUCUGCAGCUAGUCGGCUCCCGCAAGACCGGCGCGCACCUGGUAAUGCCAGCACUGUGACAGCCUCUGCGGCUCAAGCUUCGUCUUCGACCAACGCAGCCCCGGCUACGACAAAUGGCAAACGGCAAGAUGCGGAUAUCGUCUACUCGCAACCCGCUAACACGGGAACGGGGAAGGACAUCAUGACACAAGUGGUGUUCGCCAUCGAGCAUAUGAAAAGCAAAGAUGUUCCCCUGACUUUCUCCGACAUCCAAUCGUACCUGUCUUUACAUCGCCAGGGUCAUGAUCAGGCUUAUAUCCAUGCCUUACGAAGGAUUUUGCAGUCGCAUGACAAGGUCGAUUAUGACCCACAGGGUUCCAAGGGCGAGGGAACCUUCCGCUUUCGACCUCCUCAUAACAUCCGGUCCGCGGACCAACUCCUUCAGAAACUCCAGUCACAACCUACCGCUCAGGGGAUGAGUGUGCGAGAGCUUCGAGAAGGUUGGCCGAAUAUCGUCGAAACGAUAAACAAGCUGGAAAAGGAAGGCAAGCUCCUGGUGACGAGGAACAAGAAAGAUGACCAUCCAAGGAUGGUGUGGGCCAAUGAUCCGACCCUGAUUCAUCAGUUCGACUCUGAAUUUCGGCAGAUCUGGGAGAAGGUUAAGAUUCCAGAUCAGCAGACUGUUGCAGAAGAGCUUGAAAAGGCUGGCAUUACGCCUACCAGCAAGCACAAGCCUGUGAAGCAACGGCCGAAGAUCGAGCAGAAAAAGGUUAAGAAGCCGCGAAGAAGUGGCAAGACCACCAACACCCAUAUGGCUGGAAUUCUGCGAGACUAUUCGCAUCUAAAAAGAUGACACGAGAUCAUCGUGCCAAUGGAUUGGCUUAUUAUCUUGGUGCGAGAUGUAAGAUUUGACGGAGGUGCCUUUAGCUAGGUAUCCUCGAAGUUUUGCGUGGACCGGAGUGUAUGGACUUACGGUUGGAUUCCGCUAUAUCAUUUCUUAAAUUAUACUUCCGGGCAAGACGUAUCGGGCUAUAUGUCACACCGCUGACAGCGAAUUGGGGAUUGCUUGCUUGAAGGCAUCUGGCAACAUAGAAUGCAUUGAGAGUACUCCGCAUAUUCCAAUUGAUUUCUCUAUUUAUUGAAUUACACUGGUAUUU